AUGGAGCCGCACCAGGGACGCAUCGCUAUCGGAGGUGACUCGCCGGCGGCCAUGAAGAGACGACAGAGGACCCCUCAGGAUGAAGACCCCGAGGAGGACAUCCUAGAGCUGGGUCCAUCCUCUCCUCCAUCCUCUUCCUCCUCCUCCCACUCCCCUCUUUCAGCGAUGCCUGCCUCUGCGUCCGCCCUCCUGGCUUUGGCAUCGCCGGCUACCCGUCGCUCCAUCUCCAUGGGCGACUUCCGUAGGGUGACGGGCGCCAUGCUCGCUGCCUCGGAGCCAGGGUCUGCCUCGGCCACGGCGCCGUCCUCCAAGCUAGUGACACCGAGCUCCAGCAUGGAGUUCGAAGCGGCUCGCCGGCGCCUCCUGGAGGUGGAGGAGCGCCAGCGGGUCAUACGAGAAAUGGAGAGGCGACUCGAGGAGCUGCGGGAGGUGUUUGUGCGCUCCGAGCAGGAAGUGGUGGUACACGGGGAGCGGCUGGCCAGGAUAUCGGGUGCCGCCCAGCAAAGCGAGAUCUACGUGGCCGAGGGCAGCCAGCGACUUAAGAAGGGACUCAAGUUCAAGAAGCACCGGCCCACUAUUGUGUUCUCCUCCAUGCUGGGACUCCGAACGUGCCUGCCUUGGCCCGUGAAGUUCAAGUAGGGCAGAAGAUCAUGACCUUCCGCCAUCUACGCUUGUUUGCGGUCGUAUCCUGAGGCUGGUCCUUCGGGUCGUUGGAGUGUCUGCACAAAAGGACUCAGGAACCCAUCAAUCCAAGUGAUGCUCUUCCUCGUUGUCAUGGAAACCUUGCUGCUUUUCUUUUUUUUUUUUCCAACACUGACACGAGAAUGGCUAGAGACUGCAUGGUGCUGCAUGGAUGAGUCACGUAUGAGGGGAUUCACAAAAGCUGAGUAUAGCGUUAGAUUGCAUUUAGUUUAUGUAUAUUCCAGAGUCAUUCGCGGUAGGUGAAAAAACACAAUUAUAGAGAGACCAUAGAGUAAGGAGAUAUAUAUAUAUAUAUAUAUAUAUAUAGGAGGCUAAGCGUACUUGCUUGUCGCCCCUGACUACAAUCUAGCGGGGGUUCACUGUACAGGAACUCAAGAUAGGUUAAAAAGCAGACCUAGCAACACAGAGAUAAAAGAUGUGCCUUGACGUCUCUGAUUCAUCAUUAUGGAGGAGGAGGAGGAGACGCGACACACUGACGCGACUCCACCUGUGGCCUCCAGUCUCCUUGGCAACCACUGUUUGCUCUUCACACUUGUCUCCACACAGCCGUACAGAAUGUAUCUAACUAAACACGCUUUGGAUUUGGUUGACAUUAAAAACAAAUAUUUAGCAAUGUAGUGCGGUUUCACAUCUAUGAUUUGCAUGCUUCACAAAGAUGUAUAGACACAUCAUUAGGUACAUACAAACAAGGUGCCCAUAAAAUCUCACGAAUAAUUAAAUCGAUAAAUAAUACUAUAUCAUCAUCUUAGUUGAACAAUUCAUAUCCAGACUAACUGUAACUGAUUUUGCUAGAUGAAUACUCCAUUUUGUAUCUAGUCAUAAUGGUUGCAGGUGUACCUAAUGUUGUGACCGUCCGGUAUGCACACGAAGCAGAGCAUACACGCCAUGGACGUCUAUUCCUGGAAUUCAAAGGUCAAGGCUGAGCAUCCUCUCAGCUCGGCUUUCAAGAGAAUUCAAUCUGUGAGUGCAGGAGCGGGAAACUGGACAUUAUUAGAUCAAUAUUUUAGAUCCAUCCUUCACUCCUGAGAAAUACAUUGAAAAUUAAAUAAAAAAACAAAACAAAAAUCCAGUUAAUGAACACUCAAAUUAGAUUGAAACAAAACCGGCAAAGGACACGUUUGAUUUUUUUCUGUAUCAACUCUUCAAAAGGGCUGGAAGGAUUGUGAUGAGACGAACUAGGCGUAUACCGACGGUUCUCAUCUUUCACAUCGAUAGCCAUAACGACAUUACGAUUGACAAAAAUCUCUCUUUGCAUUCCACUCUGCCAAGGGAGCGCUUCUUAUUAGCGAGGAGCUAACGCAGAUUAGGCCUUAUAUAUGUAUGUACAGUUGUAUAGCUCAAACUAUAGUGUUGUAUAUCUAGCUUCUCAUCUGCCUUCUUCAAUGUCUGUGCAUCGGCAAUGAUAAAUCUGCUGACAAAGUUAGAAUGGGGGUACCGUAUUCAAAUCGGACCGGAGACUGUUUGGAUCCUCUACUUUUAGGACUAUGUUUCCCAAAGAGCUCUAGAAUGAAUGUACUGUGUUCUUUCAAAAGUGUUUUUUUUUUAAACAGAAUAUAUUGUUUGGAAUUUUAUUUUAUUUGGCCCUCUGGUUGGCAAGAUUUUAUUAUAUUGGGAGAACAAUAAUAUAGAGAUUCUGUUAAACAAUAGAAUAAUAAAUAUUGACUUUAAUUAUUUAUUCAUCAGUUGACAAAUAAAGGAAUAUCUUAUUUCAUUCCACUUUUUGUGUUAUAAUAAGAACUGAUUCCCUUUUUUUGGGAUCACAAAUCGCUGUAUAUUAUUGAAUGCUUCGUUCGGUGAUUGUACAUUUGUUGGUGUUCAUUUCUAAAUUGACAGCCUUAAUGCCACGCUUUGCUAACAGAACCAACAUUUUUUCAAAACAAGCUUUCUAUCGCAUAGAGCAAAAAAAAAAAAAAAAUGCAACAAUGUUCUAUUUUCUGCUGACUUUUGUUUCACAUUUAAAGUCAAA